UAACAACCACCGAGUCCUCUUCUUCUUGCAGAACUUUUGGCGCCAGGCGGUCGGGAAGUUUAUUUUGCCUACCAGCUAUGAAAAUGCACAUGUUCGAGGUGUCUGAAAUGUUUUGCUGAUGUUGGAAAUGAAAAAGGAAUCCCGCCCGUUGGACUGACUUGUCACUGACCGACUAACAUUGCCCUUUUCUUCAAAUCCACACCUGAAUACUGAAUAGUUGAAGAAAUCCAAUCGAAGAAGAUCUGCGUGGAGAAACAAUGGAGAAGAUUUGUGUGGCAGUAAGGUUGAGGCCAUCUGCCAGCGAAGAUUCUGUUAACGCAUUCAACUGGAAAGUCGAUUCCAAUCGUGUUUGCCUGCACAGAUCUGAUGGCCCUCCCGUUUCGGGGCUUUCCUUUGCUUUCGAUCACGUUUUCGAUCAAGAAUGCAGUAAUGAAACUGUAUAUGAUCGUAUGAUUAAGGGCAUUACUGAUGCUGCAGUCGAGGGAUUUAAUGGUACUGCAUUUGCUUACGGCCAAACAAGCAGUGGAAAGACCUUUACCAUGAAUGGUUCAGAAAACAAUCCGGGAAUUAUCCCUAGAGCUGUCAAAGAUAUAUUUGGAAAAAUCCAGGAGGCAACUGAUCGGGAGUUUCUAAUUCGAGUUUCCUACAUGGAAAUUUACAAUGAAGACAUUAAUGAUCUCUUUGCAUUAGAGAAUCAGAAGCUUCAAAUUCACGAGAGUUUGGAGCGUGGUGUGUUUGUUGCUGGACUUCGCGAGGAAAUUGUUAACAAUGCUGACCAAGUGCUUAAUCUUAUCCAGCUUGGAGAAGCUAACAGGCAUUUUGGUGAAACGAACAUGAAUGCUCGCAGUAGCAGAUCACACACUGUUUUUAGAAUGGUAAUUGAAAGCAAAGCAAAGUACAAUAAGUCAAGUUUGGAUGAUGCAAUUCGUGUCUCCGUCUUGAAUUUAGUUGACUUAGCUGGCUCUGAAAGAGUAGCUAAAACUGGUGCCGGGGGUGUUCGUUUAAAGGAAGGGAAACACAUUAACAAGAGCUUAAUGAUUCUUGGAAAUGUAAUCAACAAAUUAAGUGAGGGUGGAAAGCAAAGGGGUCAUAUUCCUUAUCGGGACAGUAAGCUUACUCGUAUUCUUCAACCUGCACUUGGUGGUAAUGCCAAAACUUCAAUAAUUUGCACCGUUGCACCAGAGGAGAUUCACAUAGAAGAGUCAAAAGGAACACUCCAGUUUGCUAGCAGAGCAAAGAGGAUUACAAACUGUGUUCAAGUGAAUGAGAUAUUGACAGACGCUGCGUUGUUAAAGAGACAAAAACUAGAAAUAGAGGAACUUCGAAGUAAGCUUCAGGGUUCACAUGCAGAAGUGUUAGAGCAAGAAAUUUUGAAACUGAGAAAAGACAUGCUCAAGUAUGAACUGGAGCGGGAAAAGCUGGCUGCCGAACUAGAAGAGGAAAGAAGAUCCCAAAAAGAGCGGGAUCAAUGCAUCAGGGAGCAGCAAAUGAAAAUUGACAAUCUUAGCAACCUGGUUACUUUGUCAGAAUCUGAUAGGAAUCUUGCCCAAGAUGAUGUAAAAGCACAUGUUCAAGCCAGAAGUGCCAAUUCUCAGAGCACUUGCCAAGAGGAUACUUUUAGUACCCCUUGUUUUAAAGCUCCUCCUAAGGGGUUUGUUGCAAGGAGAACAGACUAUUCAAUGUUACCAGAAUGUAGCCCACUUCCAGAUGUACUUGGUGAUUUUGCUGAUGAAGACACAUGGAUGAAAAUGAACAAGGGUUUCAUAGCUGACCUUGAUUCACUUCAUAUGACUCCUGCAAGGAAAGUUCAAUCAUUUCCAUUCAGUGAGGAUAGCUCAAUGGAGAGUUGCAGUAAAGAGAUGCAAAACCUUCAUAUGCAACUAAAAAUUGUUACAGAGGAAAGAGAUGAAGUCAAGAGAAAGUAUGAUGAACAGGCCUUAAUCAAUAACCAGUUAGCAAGAGACGUAGCUGAUCUCCAAAAAGAAAUAGAGCAAAUUCGAGUCAUUCCAAAAAAGUUACAUGAAACAGUGGCAGAUUGCAAAGACAUUUACAAGGAUGUUUUUUCUAUAUUACAGCAGAACUACGUAUCUGAUGACCUGUCUGCAACUGCUCAAAUACUCUCUACAACAAGUGAAGUUGGUACUUCUCUGUUUUCAACUCUAGAAUCUCAUCUAUUAAUGGCUGUGGAUGGCAAGAGGACUUCCUUGAAUGAUAAUUCUAUUAGAGAGCAGUGCAACAUGCUCCACCAGAAGCUGCGCAACACAGUUUCUUCCUUGAUAUUGUCAGAUACGCCAACCUUGAAUGAUGGAGAUAGCAAAGACUAUUCUAUAUGCAGCAGCAAAAUUAAGGGUUCUUUGGGAGAGCAAAUUGCUUGUUGGAAGCAGGCACUAGAAAAUGAGGUCAAAACAAUCAAACAGAAGUACAAAGACUUGGAGGAUGAGUUGAAUGUGACCAAUCAGCUUCUUAAGGUCUCUGAGGGAAAAUAUAAUAGCUUGGAAAGGGAGUUCCAUCUUCUGAAACAAGAUCGUGAUGCGGCACUAAAGAGUAUGGCCGAUUCUUCGCAAAUGUUAGAGCAGAUUACUGCUCAAAAGGAGAAAGCUUUGAAGGACCUAAGCACUGAAAUAAAGAUGAGGAAAACACUUGAAGAAGAUCGUGAUGCAGCACUAAGGAGCAUGGCCGAUUCUUCGCAAAUGUUAGAACAGAUUACUGCACAAAAGGAGAAAGCUUUGCAGGACCUAAGCACUGAAAUACAGAUGAGGAAAAUACUUGAAGAAGAUCGUGAUGCGGCACUAAAUAGUAUGGCCGACUCUUCGCAAAUAUUAGAGCAGAUUACUGUGCAAAAGGAGAAAGCUUUGAAGGACCUUAGCACAGAAAUACUGAUGAGGAAAACACUCGAAGAAGAUCGUGAUGCGGCACUAAAGAAUAUGGGUGAUUCUUCGCAAAUGUUAGAGCAGAUUACCGCGCAAAAGGAGAAAGCUUUGAAGGACCUUAGCACCGAAAUACAGAUGAGGAGAACACUUGAAGAAGAUCGUGAUGCGGCACUAAAGAGUAUGGCUGAUUCUUCGCAAAUGUUAGAGCAGAUAACUGCACUAAAGGAGAAAGCUUUGAAGGACCUUAGCACUGAAAUACAGAUGAGGAAAACACUUGAAGAAGAUCGUGAUGCGGCACUAAAGAGUAUGGCUGAUUCUUCGCAAAUGUUAGAGCAGAUUACUGCACAAAAGGAGAAAGCUUUGAAGGACCUUAGCACUGAAAUACAGAUGAGGAAAACACUUGAAGAAGAUCGUGAUGCGGCACUAAAGAGUAUGGCUGAUUCUUCGCAAAUGUUAGAGCAGAUUACUACACUAAAGGAGAAAGCUUUGAAGGACCUUAGCACUGAAAUACAGAUGAGGAAAACACUUGAAGAAGAUCGUGAUGCGGCACUAAAGAGUAUGGCUGAUUCUUCGCAAAUGUUAGAGCAGAUUACUGCACAAAAGGAGAAAGCUUUGAAGGACCUUAGCACUGAAAUACAGAUGAGGAAAACACUUGAAGAAGAUCGUGAUGCGGCACUAAAGAGUAUGGCUGAUUCUUCGCAAAUGUUAGAGCAGAUUACUACACUAAAGGAGAAAGCUUUGAAGGACCUUAGUACUGAAAUACAGAUGAGGAAAAAACUCGAAGAAGAUCGUGAUGUGGCACUAAAGAAUAUGGCUGAUUCUUCGCAAAUGUUAGAGCAGAUUACUGCACAAAAGGAGAAAGCUUUGAAGGACCUAAGCACUGAAAUAAAGAUGAGGAGAACACUUGAAGAAGAGAUCAAACAGUUUCGUAUUGCAUUUGCUUCUCGACAGAGGUCACUAAUCUCUAUGCAAAGUGACCUCAAAUCUAUUUUCGAGACCAUGAAAGUGCAGAACCACCCAGCUUCACUAUCCAAAUCUUAUGGAUCUUGAUAAAACUGGAGUGCUGCCUCCUUUCAAUCCAAGCUUUUCCUGGUCAAAUGCAAAUGUGCAUUGCCAAUGAUAUAAUAGAUUUAUGCUUCCCGGGCGUCCUUUCAACUUAUAGCUCUAAGGCUUCAUUCCCAUGGCUUAAUCAGGUGCUCAUUGGUUGCUUUUGUUUUAUAUAAGUGCAACCAUAAAUGUUGGAAAGUAAAUACGUUGACAGAUGUGAAGGUGAACACCACUGGUUACUAAAAUUUAAUUCUGUAUGUAUGCUAUGUGUUUGUGAAGUAGCUUUCAUGGGGCUGUUAUCUUAUCAUUUGUGAUCAUUGUAAUUGCACCUGCAGAUAUGUCUGUCUGGGCUUUUAUUGUUUAAAUUUCUCUUAUAAAAUUUCGUAUUGAUCGGAAGUAAAUUUUACAUAGCUGAUGUAAGGACCACUCUGCCAUAGCCUGUCCUGUGCUAUAACAUUCAUUACACAGCAGCUUUCUUUCCCACAAU